AGCUCCAGCGCCACUCGCCUGUCGAGCCCAAAACACCGAAACGACUGCAUUCCACGUUCGCGCCAUGGCGCUGGUGCUGGCGCUGGCGCUGCCGGCGCUGGCGCUGCCGGCGCUGGCAUCCGCGGUUGGACCGAUCUCCAUCCCACUGGAGCGCAAGGUGGCACCCCUGGGUGACAUCUCCAAAACCUACUACGUGGGCCACCUGCUGGUGGGGAGCGCUCCCCAACGACUGCAGGUGGGUUUCGAGACUGCCAGCGGUUCCUUGGUCUUAGACUCCACUCGCUGCAACAGCCCCGCCUGUCUCCACCACCGGCGUUACGCCGAAAGCGCUGGUGCACAGCAUCUGAACCGUGCAGGAGGUGUGGUGCGCACCAGUGAGCAAGCCGCCCUCUCGGUGGAUUACAACGAGGAUGGCCCAGCGUCGGGAGUCGUGGUGGGCGACAUGAUGAGGGACACGGUUUGCCUGGCGGAAGGCCUUUGUGCGGAGGUGGGCUUCCUUGCCGCGAAGAACAUGACCGACGAUCCCUUUCUGGCACCCGGGCAGAGCCGGGGGAGCAGUCGACCAAAAAAGAAGCAAGCCCUGGAGUCCUGGAGUAGCCCUGGAGCGCUGCCAGUGGAUGGCUUGGUCGGCCUCAGCCUGGAGGGCUUGUCCAUCUCGCGCACGUUCAACUUCCUCAGCUGCUGGACGCAUCUUCCACAGCGCUUCGCACUCUUUUUGCCCGCGCAGGGCCCAGGAGAAAUUACUUUUGGAGGCUACAAAAGCAGCCGUGCUCUCUCGAAGAUCUCCUAUGUUCCAGUGGAAGAUCCGCAGCAGGGCUUUUGGCAGGUGCGAGUGAAGGCGGUCUAUGUGGGCAACGACUCCCUGGACUUCUGCAAUGGGGGUUGCAGGGCCAUCUUGGACAGCAGCUCGUCUCACAUCACAGUUCCCACUGAGGUCUUGCCUUUGAUGCAGCAGAAGCUGACAGUCAAAGCAGCAAAAGGCUGGCUCUCUGAGCAGCCGUUGUGCGAGAGAGCGCAGGGACCCAGCUUGACCUUCGAGCUGGAGGGUGUCAACGUGACGCUCGACGCCAAGGACUACUCCGCCCUCGAGGGGCACCGAUGCGUGCCGCAGCUGCAUCCCUGGGAUGUGGAAGAGCGGCAGAGCACUGCUACCCGCCGUGAGGGAGAGCGAGUGGUGACUGCUGGCGUUCACCUGAAGAGCCUCAUCUUGGGAGAGCCAUUGCUGCGCAAGUACUACACCAUUUUCGAUGCUCAGCCUCAGCCGCGAGUCGGCUUUGCGGAAGCUCGUGAGCUGUCCGAUGAGAUCAUCCUGAUGCAGUCCUCACUCUCGCACAAGACCGCCGAGGAGCUUUGAGGCAAGACCGUUUCACCGCCCCGAGAGCGACCGGCGACCAACCGAAAGAGCUACGAAGGGGUCGGGGGGCCGCGAGGCGGGACGUGCGGUGAGAAGCGGCUGCCUGGUGUGCGCCCUGGUCAGUGGAAACAUUGAACUGUGCUGUCUAUUGGCAUUUCGGAGGAAUGCCUGGUACAGUGCGGAAGGUAACCGUGUACAGUAAUAAAUGUUCUUGCAGGCUUCAGGCUUCUGUUUGUCAACAGUCUAAGACAUGUCUAUACAUUUCUGGAAUGUGGACCCAGCAUGAUCCUUCC